AAUUGAUGAUUCCAUAACAAAAAAAAUAGGCCCUCAAUUUCGAUGUGUCACAAAGCUAAAGCAUCUCCACCAAAUGCUACCAUACCUAGUAAUUAAUGCCUCCCCUCUCCUUACUUCAUAUAUACAAACUCUCCACACACACACACACACACACAACUUUCAUCAUCGUCAUCAUUUCCGAUGGCAGAAGUUGAUCAAGAACGAGGCCUUGUGUACGACAUCAAACUAUCGUCCGUGGGGCCGGGAAAUGUCACGGGCCAGGACUCGAUUUUCGAGGCCCGUAACAUGGACCUGGCCAUGAAGCUUCACUACAUUAGAUGCGUCUACUAUUUCGGGAGCCGGGCUUUCGAGGGCUUGACCACCCUAGCCAUCAAGGAGCCCAUCUUUGUGUGGCUGAACCGGUUUCCGAUGACAGCUGGCCGGUUCCGUAGAGACGAGUCGGGCCGGCCUUAUAUCAAAUGCAACGACUGUGGUGUCAGGUUUAUCGAGGCUAAGUGUCGCACGUCACUUGAUGAGUGGUUCGAGAUGAGUGACGAUAUUGCUAUGCGUGAGAAGUUUCUUUGUUCGAAUUCGAUUAUUGGCCCUGAACUGUCAUUUUCUCCUCUUAUUUACAUACAGCUGACUAAAUUCAAAUGUGGAGGAAUGGCUGUGGGCCUGAGCUGGGCCCACGUUCUUGGAGAUGUGUUCUCUGCUGCAGAGUACAUGAACAACUGGAGCCGGGUUGCGACCGGGUUUGGGCUAAACCGGCCCAUUAAUAAAAUGGCUGAUGGUCCAACAAAGCCCAAAUAUUUCAACGGGCGGGUCAAAGUUUCGGAGGAUCCUCUUUCCGUCAAACGGGUCGACUCGGUCGGAGACAAUUGGGUAUUUGCAGCUAAACGUAAAACGGCGGCGUUUUCCUUUGACGUUACCCCAACACAAUUGAGCCAUCUCCGGUCAAAAUUGAGCAGAAACGGGAUCGAUUCCCCCGCUUUUGAGGCGAUUUCUGCUGUAAUUUGGCGAUGCAUUGCCGGAAUCAGGGGCGGGGAAUCGGAGCCACGAAUUGUGACGAUCUGCAAAAGGAGCGAGGACAAUGAGAAAUUUAGGGUUUUGAGGAACAAUCAAGUAGUGCUCGUGGUGAAGGCCGAGUCUCCUGUAAUGGAGGCGAACCCUAGCGAUCUGGCGGCGCUGAUGAAGAACGGAGGUAUUGACGAGCGGGCAGGUAUCGAGGAAGCUGUGGAGAGAGACCACGGGUUGCCGGAUUUUAUCGUCUACGGCGCGAAUCUGACGUUCGUGAACCUUGAAGGUGCGGACUUUUAUGAUUUUGAGUACAGUGGGCAGAAGCCGGUUCGUGUCAGCUGUAGGAUUGACGGUGUUGGUGAAAAUGGGGCGGUUCUGGUGCUGCCGGCGGCGGAGGGAGGCGGAGGAGGUCGGUCGGUAAUGGCGAUAUUGCCGGAAAAUGAGGUGGCUGCGGUGAAAUCGGAGUUGAAGAGGGAGGGGUUUCUUCUUAUGGGCUGAACAAAACCUUUUUCCUGAGAACGUGUUGUUUUUAGGUUAAAUGGAAGCAGAACAGAGAAAGAUGCAGUAAUGUAUGUAUCUAUGUAUCUAUCUAUGUGUGUGUGUCUCUUCCCUUUGGGUGUUUUUGUUUUCUCCAAAUUCUGAAAUCUGUAAUAUUCUCAAUUCUGCUAAUUUGGAUUUGAAAAUUUCUGAUUUUUGAGUAAUAUUUUUCAAUUCGAA